AUGGUCCCCUUUUCUCGCGACAACUGCUUUGUUGGCCGAGAAGACAUCAUCGCAGAAGUUAGCAAGCAUCGAGCCUCACAGACACACACACGCGUGGCUCUUGUUGGCCUAGGAGGUGUAGGGAAAUCGCAAGUCGCGAUCGAGUAUGCAUACCGUGUCCAAAAGGCGGAGCCGCACACCCGAGUCGUCUGGAUACACGCAAGCAAUCCUACUAGAUUUCGGCAAGGAUACAGAGAUAUCGCUUACAAGCUCCUACUGCCCGGGUGGGAAGACUCAAAGGCGGAUGUCUUGCAGUUGGUCUAUGCCUGGCUGUCAGACAGGAGGAAUGGGCAGUGGCUUAUGAUACUCGAUAACGUCGACGACAAUAGCGUUUUCUUUGGUGAUGACGAAGACAACGCGGGCCCUCUGCAGACAGUCGACGCGGCGGACUACAGCGGCCCGCUCGAGAGCUUCCUCCCUCAGACGGCGAAUGGAAUGAUCGUAAUCACAUCAAGGAACAAAACUGCAGCGGUCAAUCUCGUUGGGGGAACCGGCGGCAUUGUCCAGGUAAAGCCGAUGGAGGAAGAGGACGCGCUGGCCCUGCUGCGGACAAGAGUGCCGUUUAGUGAGUCCAGCCGAGUAGACGCCGAGGCGCUUGUUCGGAUGCUGGAGUGGAUACCUCUAGCUAUCACGCACGCCGCGACGUACAUCGAGACAAGAGCAGCGACAACCACCGUGUCCACGUACCUCGAGCUGUUCCGCGAGAGUGAAGCCAACCAGAUGCAUCUCCUCGGCAAGAAGGAGUUGAAAGACAUUCGACGCGACCACAGCAUCCGGCAUGCAGUGAUUGCGACAUGGCAGAUCUCGUUCAAGUAUAUCCAAAAGACGGCGCCGUCGGCUGCCGAUCUUCUUGCGAUGAUGAGCAUGUUUGACAAGCAGGGAAUCCCGAGAUGGCUGCUGCAGACCAAUAGCGUAAGCCAGCUGGACUUCGACGAUGCUCUGGCGCCGUUGCUUAGCUUUUCCCUCGUGAGGACUGAGAUUGGGGAGCAGGCAUUAGAGAUGCACCGGCUCGUGCAGCUGUCGAUGAGGACGUGGCUCGAGGCGGAGAAGGAGCUGAGUAAGUGGGUGAAGGAAUCAGUGCGGGCUCUUAGUGCAGCAUUUCCAAGUGGAGAAUACAAGACUUGGGAGGAAUGUGAAGUACUCCUUCCCCAUGUCAAAGAGAUUAUCAGCCAUGCUACAGAAGAUGAGGAGGAUUUGUUAAACCAAGCAAAGAGUGCUCUUCGUGCGGGCUGGUAUCUACUCCUCCGAGGGGAGUAUAGAGUAGCGGAGGGGUUUCUCCGGGUGUCAACAGAUACUAGAGAGAAGGUGCUUGGGCCUGAGCAUCCUUCCACGCUGACGAGCAUGAGCAACUUGGCGGGAUACGAAGAGGCGGAAUCGAUGAACAGGCAGACGCUGGCGCGGAGGGAGAAGGUACUAGGGCCUGAACAUCCGGACACGCUAACGAGUGUAUAUUGCCUUGCCCACCUCCUCGCAAAUCAGCAUUGCUACAGCGAAUCCCUUGCUCUGUACGAAAGAGCAUGCGCGGGGUACCAAACUGUCCUUGGGACAGAUCAUCCGACUUCCCGCACGUGUCGCCAACAUUAUGCCAAAGCCACAAUGCAUGCAACGGAAGAACAGGGUCGGUCCGCUCUUUGUACUUAG